CCAGUAGCCACUUCCCUGACUGAGGCGUUGGCAGCGCUUGCAGGUAACUCCCCAGUCUCCUCUUUGUGUUCAGAGAAGAAACAGCAGAGCUGCUCUCUGUUUGACAGCGACAGAGCAGUUUGACUGAAAGUGAAGCUUUUUAUUUCUCAAGAGUUUACUCAAGAACCGCAGAGAUGAGUUGUGAAGAGCAGAAGCUGAAGACAAACAAGGAAGCAGGACCCAUGCGCGUUAUGGUGACUGGUGGAUCUGGGCUGUUGGGUAAAGCCAUUGAGCAUGUGGUGCUGCAUGAAGGAGGGAAACUGGAAGGGGAGGAGUGGUUCUUCCUGUCCUCCAAGGAUGCCAAUCUUGUAGAUCUUGAACAGACCAAAGCGGUGUUUGAGAAGUAUCGGCCUACACACGUCAUUCACCUGGCUGCAAAAGUGGGAGGACUCUAUCUACACAUGAGGGACAAUCUGUAUUUUCUGACAGACAACCUUAAAAUCAACGACAAUGUUCUCCAGACAGCCUAUAACAUGAAAGUCACCAAGGUGGUGUCCUGCCUGUCCAGCUGCAUCUUCCCUGACAAAACCACCUACCCGAUUGAUGAGACGAUGUAUGGAAUUAGAAUACACAACGGGCCUCCUCAUGACUCUAACUUUGGUUACUCGUAUGCUAAAAGGAUGAUUGAUGUUCUAAACAAGGCUUACUUUCAGCAGCACGGCUGUCGUUACACAGCAGUCAUCCCCACCAACGUGUUCGGCCCUUACGACAACUUUGAGAUAGAAAAUGGACACGUGUUGUCGGCUCUCAUGAACAAAACCUACAAGGCCAAAAAGGAAGGAACUGCUCUGACGGUGUGUGGCUCUGGAGCACCAAGGAGACAAUUUGUCUAUUCUCUGGACUUGGGCCGCCUGAUUAUUUGGACCCUGAGGGAGUAUAACGAAAUCAGCCCUAUCAUUCUCACUGUUGAAGAAGAUGCUGAAGUUGCCAUCAAAGAUGCUGUGGAGAUGAUUGCAGAAGCUUUCAACUUUGAAGGUGAAAUAAAGUACGACACCUCCAUGUCUGACGGCCAGCUGAAGAAGACAGCCAGCAAUGCCAAGCUGAGAAGAUACCGCCCUGACUUCACCUUUACCCCUCUGAAAGACGCGAUAAAGAUGACCUGUGACUGGCUUACAGCCAACUAUGACACUGCUCGGACAUGAAUUCAUCCCACACUGAGCUGCAAACAAACUCCUUCUCUGGAAUUGUGGUUUAUUUGUUCUUCAAUGAAUGGGGCUGGUUUAUUUAUUUUUUUAAGGUCUAUUUUGGGCAUUUUUGUGCCUUUAUUUGAUGGAGGGGGAUGGUGGAUGGUGGAUGGGGAUGGGGCCUUGGGCUGGAUUUGAACCUGGGCCAUCUGUGUACAUGGGGUGCGCCUUAACCACUCGGCCACCUGCGCCCCAUGGGGCUGGUUUAUUUUAAUACAACUUCAAAUGAGCUGUUCUUCUUUCUAAUGUAUUUCCGGAAGGAUUCUUUUAGCUACACUCCUCCAAAAUGUUUAGCUCUGAUUCUGCUGCUUUAGUAUUUAAAAUUAUUUAAUUUCCUAAUCUGUUCUUAGUCUUUGUUGAUGCUUUUAAUAUAUUAAAAUCACUUCUUCCCA